GCUCCGGGUCGGGUACGGACCAUGGAGGGGGCCCGGGCAGCAGACGGAUGUCGUACUCGGUCGCCGGGGAGCUGUGCAGCGUCGAGGGGGGCACAGCGCUGCAGCCGUUUUAAGUGUUGUCCUGUCAGAAACACCCAACACCACCGCUAUGACACAUCCUGCUGUGACGCAUCGAGUCAGCAAAGUCAGCCAAGUGUGUGUGUGUGUCUGUGUGUGUGUGUGUGUGUGUGUGUGUGUGCGUGUGUGUGUGUGUGUGUGUGCCUGUACAUUUGUGUCUGAGUGAGUCAUCAUAUCUGUCUGUGUGUAAGUGCUGGUUAGAACAGCUACAGUCACUCUCAUAGACUCUAGUUUGUAACACUUAAACUGGAGUGUGUGUGUGUGUGUGUGUGUAUGUAUGUAUAUAUAUAUAUAUGUGUGUGUGUUUGAGUGGAGGUGAACCAUGGUUAUAUAUUUGCCACACCUUCACUACAGCAGCGGUUUUUCUCGACUUUGCCUCAAGAAAAAACAAACACUUUCAUGUGAACUCUCGAUCCGACCAGUUCUACAGACAACAUGCACAGAGACACUCUCUGUGCACUGUAGUCAGAACACAACAUGCUCUGUAUAUGAGUGUUACACGGACGUGAACCAUGUGUGAAGGUCCACAUGAUGAUUCAGAGGAUGAAGACCUCUACAUCCAACAGGCUGUUGUCUUCAUCGAGGACGCCAUACAGUAUCGGUCCAUCAACCACAGGGUGGAUGCAAGCUCGCUCCGCCUGUAUCGGUGGUAUUACUCGAGGAUAUGUCAGUGGUUCUUGGGCCUAACCAUUGCCGUGGUGUUGUUGCUGGCAUUUGUCGAGCGCCCGUCCUCCCUGUCCAUAUCCUCGGACCCCCGGCACCGCUCUCCACCCUGGGAACCUCCGUGUGGUUUGACCGAGAGCUUUGAAAUGCUCUGCCUCAUCAUCUUCUCUCUUGAUCUUGCUGUCAAGAGCUACUUGAUUGGUUGGGAGGAGUUCAGAAAGAGCAAAUGGCUGAUUGCCUACACAGUAGUCAUUUCAGUUUCCAUCAUCGACUGGAUGUUGUCUGUCAGCAUGGUUUGUGAUGAGAAACUGAGAGUGCGGAGACUCCUCCGGCCUUUCUUCCUCCUGCAGAACUCUUCCCUCAUGAAAAAAACCCUGAAGUGCAUCAAGAGGACUCUGCCAGAGAUAGCCAGUGUGAUCCUGCUGCUGGCGCUCCACCUCUGCCUCUUCACCAUGAUCGGCAUGCUGCUCUUUGCUAAAACUGAGGAUCCAAAGAAGAACGAGGAGUGGAGGUUACAUUUCAGAGACAUGCCCAGUUCCCUCACCUCUCUGCUGGUGCUGCUCACCACAGCCAACAACCCAGACGUGAUGAUCCCUGCCUACUCCCUCAACAGAGCCUACUCCAUUUUCUUUGUCGCCUUCAGCGUCAUCGGAACCUACUGUCUGAUGAACUUACUGACUGCCAUCAUCUAUAACCAGUUCAGAGGAUAUUUACUGAUGUCGGUCCAGACAUCAAUCAUCAGGAGACGUCUGGGGAUCAGAGCUGCUUUCCAUGUUCUCACCUGCCAGGGAGCUCAACAAGCUGCUGAGGAACGUGUGCGUGUUGAUGCUGUGCUGUUGGUGAUGUCAAGGGUUCAAAUGAAGAGCUACUACAGAGCGGCCAUCACCAAGGAGACGCGGCAGAAUGCAGAUCUGGGCUACAUGGACCGAGAGCAGUUCAGUAAGAUCUUUGACGAACUGGACAAAGACCGUAUCAAGGAGCACCCUCCCUUGCCCCAGUACAACUCUCCAGUUCUGCAGAGACUCCAGGUGGUCUUCAGUCACUACUACCUCACUAUACUUGGCAACGCGGUGGCACUGGCCAAUGUCAUAUGCAUAAGUACCUUCCUGGUGUUGAACUCUGAGAAGUCCACAACAAAGAGAGACAACUUUCUCAUGGAGAUCAUCAACCUGUGCUUCAUCCUCUACUACCUGUUUGAAAUGUGUGUGAAGAUCUUUGCCUUUGGCUGGAGAGGGUACCUGUCCUACAGGAACAACAUCUUUGACGGCUUCCUCACCAUCCUGCUAUUGAUCCUGCAGAUCACGAUAUACAUCACCUACAGGCUUCCCUACUCUCAUUGGGACCCGUCCUCUCAUAGUGUAAUGUCUCUCUGGGAGAUGAUUCGUCUGGUCAACAUGCUGAUCGUCUUCCGCUUCCUGCGCAUCAUCCCAGACAUCAAGCUCAUGGCUCUGGUUGCGAGCACGCUGUUGGACCUGGUGAAAAACCUCCGAGCCUUCGCAGGGAUCCUGGUGGUGGUGUACUACGUGUUUGCUGUGUUUGGGAUCUGGUUGUUUGAGGGAGCCAUUAAACCUCCUCCAGAGAUGAGUGUGCUCUCCAACACCACCAUGGAGAACAUCACCUCUAACUUCAGCAUGGAGUGCGGCACCUAUGAACAGCUGGCCUACUGGCCAAAUAACUUUGACGACUUUGCAGCAUCCAUCAUUCUGCUCUAUGAUGUUAUGAUCGUCAACAACUGGCAGGCCUUUAUGGAAGCGUACAGCAGAUACACCACAGACUGGUCAAAGAUCUACUUUGUGUGUUGGUGGCUCACCUCGUCUGUCAUGUGGGUCAACUUGUUUGUGGCGCUCAUCUUAGAGAACUUCAUCUAUAGGUGGGACCGCAGUCAUAGCUGCUCUGUUACAGAUGUGGAGAGGAUCAGAUAUGAAACAUCUGUUCAGCUCAUGUUCAAAGAGCAGAUUCAGGAACCAACAGAAGAGGAAUUACUCUGUCAACUACAUCAACACCCUCACUUACACCUACACGGUUGACACACACACACACACACACACACACAGCACUAGCACUUAUCUGCAGAAACGAGUCAAGACUGUUACUGUAAAUGAGUGUAUGGUCGAAGCACUGAGGUUCAAAUGACACCAUGUUACUCCUUGUUUAUUUUUAAUGUGUAAGACUGUGAUAUGUAAUGAAUGUUUUUAUUAUCUGUUAGUUGUUCUUCAUGAGGAAAACCACUGCAGUUUCUGAUUGGUCAAGGCUGUCUUUGGGCAGAUGAUGUCAUUGGUUGAGUUGUACACAAGUUGAGUGUUGUUUACCGUUCCAUUCUGAAAUACCGCACGGCAUCAGAGACGGUUCUGUUGGUGCUGAAUCGUCUGCCCGUUUCACCAAAGAUGAUCUAUAACAGCUGAACGAAUUCUGUGUCUCAGCUCAGAUACUUCUGUUAGUACACUGUGUACAGCAGGUAGUGUUGUCUCAAUUUAAGUAUGGCUGUAAUGAUCGCAACAUUGUACUGCUUCUUCUUCUUCUUCUUCUUCAAAUUGUACAAUGUACAACUUGGUACUUGACUUCAGCCAGAACUGACAGUGUGAAUGCACAUUGAAAGUGUGAGUAUGGAAGUAUGGGAACUGAGACACAAAAUAGAACCUCACUAAUUUUCUGAACAUUGAAUUUCAUCAUCCACACAAAAGUUCACCUCCUCAGUUGUAGAGCAUCUCUGACCGUAUAAAUCAGUGUUUUUAAAAGAAAUGAGUCCACAAAGGACUGCCAAUUUCAGAUCUGGAAACUGCACAAAGAGAAAGCUAAUCCAAAUUUCUGAUGUUAACCACUAUAGUUGUUUUGUGUGCCACAUGGUGGCACUGCUGUCCUCAAGACCAUCAAAAAGCACAGAACUGACUCCAGCCUCCAGAGCAGUCUUUCACUGAAACCACUAAACCUCUUUCAGUUCAUUGUCUUGUCUCAUCUCGCUCUGAUGGACGGGUUGAGAGAAGUGCUGCUAUAUGGGACUUGUUUACAGUGAACAUCACAGGUGCUGUCGCACUCAUUGAAUCUGAAAGUACCGAGCUGUGUUCACGUGUCGGAGGAAAAACAAGCAGGAUUCUUUGUGGAAGGCCAAAAGCAGCACAGUUUGUCUAUUUGCUUCUAAACUCUGAUAUGACAGAAAACGUUUUGUGACACCUAACUGAACAAGAACGCGAACACGGUUGUUUUGGUUCUGUCCAUGUUCAGAGCAACAGUGGACAGAACAGUUAUCGAGGGAGUUUUUGGAGAGUUGACUUCUAAACUAACUUCUAAAAGUUAAAAAAAAACAAAAAAAAAACACAUCCACAUCCAGUAACUGGAAAACACUCAGUCAUAUUUCUAUUCCAGCUCAUGAGGAAAUGUUACAAUCUGGCAAAUACCGUAGUUACUUACCUGGAACUACACCGAAACCAACACACUUCCUUAUUGGCCACACACACACACACACACACACACACACACACACACACACAAACACACACACGCACACACACCUGAGACAGUAAAAUGUAACAUUUCCAGAACGUGCUGUGCAGGUGUGACAGGUGAAAAUAUUGUGGAGCGUUUGUGGUGCUGGUGAGGCCGGAGGGUGAAACCGUCAGUGCCAAAUAUGAACACAAGCUCUGUCUUUGCAGGGCGGCGUCUGCCAGGAAGCCAGUGUAGUUUUUUUUUUUUUUUAAGAGGUUGACUCUGUUUUAUUUGAAUUAAGAGUUUUCCUAGUGUGCCAUUGUAUUUAUAUAAAUGCAGAUCAAAUAUUUGUUACAUGUAGAAAAAAAGAGGGAAAAUUUUUUAUUGAGGGAAGUUUGGAUGUGAAGCAGAUUUCUGAUAUGUGGAUUAAGUCAGGAUGUAGCUUGUAUUUUAUUCAUGUUUGUAUAAAGCUGAUUUUAAAUAAAUACUUUUAAAUUUUAAA